AUGGCUGCUCGGAAUCUGCACGCGACCAUUCUAGGUCUUGAGGAGGAGACCUGGCGGGCUCUGCAGAAGGCCGGCGCGGACCUCCUGCCUUACAUUACGCGAGACUGCAUUAUGCAGUUUCCCAUGGGUCUGAAGGUCACCUCUACGUCCGACCCGUCAAUCGAGGACAUCCUAUACAGUUCAGCUUUCGUCCCAUGGAAGACCUUCAGGAUGUCCAAAGUGGAUGUUCAGCACCUUGGCCCAGAGGGCGCAAUUAUCAGCUACUUCGUGCACGCGAGCAGACCGCCAGCUGGCCCUAACGAUGUAGAAGACAUUGACUUUGAGGCACUAUGCUCGAGUGCGUGGCGAUUCGAGGCUGGGAAGUGGAUGAUGUGCUUCCAUCAGCAGACUCUGGCGACCUGA